CAUCAACGCCAUUCAUCACUCACUACACACUCACACAGCACGCACUCUCUCUCUCUAUGCAACUAAUAUUCUCUCUCUAAAACUAAUAUUCUUCUCUCUCACUCUGUGGAUUUCAACUCUCUCUUUCUAUGGGGACUCGAAUCCCAUCGCACCAGCUCAGCAAUGGCCUCUACGUGUCGGGUCGACCCGAACAGUUCAAGGAACGACAACCCACAAUCGCGUCGCGGGCUGUACCUUACACCGGCGGCGACGUCAAGAGGUCCGGCGAGCUCGGUAAAAUGUUCGACAUCGCCGUUGAUCAGAACCCGGCGAGCGGCGGUCCGCCCCCAUUGAAGCCGUCACGGACGUCGUCGUCUUCACAGCACAGCAGCGGAUCCGUCAGAUCCGGCCCAAUUGCGACCAAAACCUCCAAUUCCGGCCCGAUCUCAAGGAAAUCGUCCGGCCCGAUGGUGCCCCUUCAACCCACGGGUCUCAUCACGUCCGGGCCAUUGGGCUCGUCGGUGGGUCGGAGGUCCGGUCAGCUGGAGCCUUCUGCUUCGAUGACCAAGGCGGUGUACGGCACGGCGGUGACGAGCUUGACCGAGGAGGUGAGGUCAGGGUUUAGGCUGUCGAAAGCGGUAAUGUGGGUGGUGUUGGUGGUGGUGGUGAUGGGGUUAGUGGUGGGGGCGUUUCUGAUGGUGGCAGUGAAGAAGGCCGUGAUUUUGGUGGCGGUGGUGGCGGUUUUGGCGCCGGUGGUGGUGGUGGUUCUGUGGAAUUGUGCUUGGAAAAAAAGAGGGUUGCUAGGGUUCUUACGGAGGUACCCUGACGCUGAGCUUAGAGGCGCUAUCGACGGACAGUUUGUCAAGGUUACUGGGGUUGUCACUUGUGGCAGUAUUCCUCUUGAGUCAUCUUUCCAGAGGGUACCAAGAUGUGUGUAUGUUUCUACAGAAUUAUACGAGUAUAGAGGGUGGGGUGGAAAAUCUGCAACUCCUAAACACCGUUUCUUCUCAUGGGGUUGUAGACACACUGAGAAAAAUGUGGCGGAUUUUUACAUAUCAGACUUCCAAUCUGGAUUAAGAGCUCUAGUAAAAGCAGGCUACGGAGCUAAGGUUGCUCCAUUUGUCAAACCGACGACAGUGGUGGAUAUAACGAAGGAAAAUCGAGAGUUAUCUCCAGGCUUUCUACGCUGGCUUGCUGACCGCAGCCUCUCAAGUGAUGACCGUGUGAUGCGCCUCAAAGAAGGGUAUAUUAAAGAAGGGAGCACGGUGAGUGUCAUGGGGGUUGUCCGACGGCACGAUAACGUUCUCAUGAUUGUUCCUUCAGCAGAGCCCGUUUCAACUGGCUGUCAAUGGUCCCGAUGCCUCCUUCCAACCUAUAUUGAAGGGCUCGUUUUGACAUGUGAUGAAAGCCAGAAUGCGGAUGUGAUUCCAGUGUAGAUAUGUAUGUUUGCAUUUCUUCUCUACCUCCUUUUCCACUUCCUCUUGCAACUCGCAACGAGGGGAAAAAAGCUUCCCCUCUCUGAUGGGAAAAUCAAGCACUGCCCGGCCUCUGUCCAAUACCUUUCGCAGGAUUUUAAGCGUAUGUAAAAUGGCCUAAAAGAUGCAGAGCAGUACUGAAGAUUGCACAGUAAGGAUAGUAAUGUCGUGUGUUUAUAUGCUUUGUGGCUUAGAUGGAGAUCUAGAAGAAGGGGAAAAAAGGCUUCCCCUCUCGGAGCAGCUAGGAGAUGUUGUAUUGUCCUGAUGUUGCAUAUUUUAAUUUUUAGCUAAUUUCAUGUACAUAAAGUUCAGAGAUGCCAUAGUGGUUUCAUAUAUAUAUAUAUAUAUGUAUAUAUAUGCACAUGGCAGCGCUUGAUUUCUUCAGAUAGACUCAAAUGUUUAGAAUAUCAAUAUGUGUUUUUGAGUAUUUAUGCAUUUUUAGCUGAUUUUAUGAA